AUGCUCAACCUUUUUGAGACGUUGCUGCAGCCCAACAAGAACAUCUCGCAGAGGUCUCAAGCUGCUCCAAUCAUUGGGGCGAACAUUAAUCCGCAGUUUGUUGAGGCUCUCGGCAAUGAUUUGGAGGAGAAGCGUCAACGGGCAGAUGUUAUCGUAGCGGUCGAUUGUAAUGUGCCUCGGAAGCACGACAUUCUUGUCGGCCACUCGCAUGCCGGUGAAAUCGACAGAACUAUUAUGCGACUUCAUAUCUCGUCUUAUGAUGCUGAAAAUAAUUUGAAAAUCGGCAACCAUGUCUUCAAGACGCUUGAUUUGCAUGCCAUCGGCGAAAUGGGAUAG